AUGACCUCGCGCAUCCGCGAAAACCCGCUUCCUCAACGGAGCGGUUCGUUCCCCACCGCUCACCGCUUUCUCUCAGCAGGAUCAGUCGGCACGGCCUGGAUUGUCCUAACUCUGUCCUAUGCGCUGUCCCGGUUGGUUUUCAGACGCGUUUUUGUGAGCAACGUUGGUGGCGAAGGACGGGCGGUGCUCAUCACGGGAUGCGACACGGGAUUUGGUUAUCGACUGGCCAAGCGACUCUCACGCAAAGGAUUCCUGGUGUUCGCCGGUUGUCUCAGUUUCAACAGCGCUGGCGCCGAGGAGCUGAAAGGCCUUUCGAACUUAACUGUUUUGCAACUGGAUGUGACAAAGCAGGAGCAAGUAGACAAAGCUUGGGGCACGAUAAGAGAGCAUCUCGGUGAACGGGAGCUCUGGGCGGUUGUUGCGAACGCCGGAAUCGCAAGCGCCGGCCUUUUGGAGUGGCUCACGAUGGACACGGUGAUCGAUAUAUUCAACGUCAACGUCUUCGGAGUCCUUCGAGUCAUCAAGAAGUUCCUACCUCUCUUGAAGAAAAGCAAAGGCAGGGUUGUCGCUAUCGCGAGCCCGUUAGGUCGCUUCACAAUCUCCAUGAGCGUGCCAUACUGCAUGUCGAAGCACGCCGUCGUAUCCAUGAUGGAUGGCUUCCGUCGAGAAUGUCAUGGCAAAGGGGUUGACUUCAUUACAGUGGAGCCUUCGGCUUACCGGACGUCCAUAUUUAAAACAGGCUCUGAUCCAAUGGACUUCGUGAUGCGAGAGUUCAAGCAACAAGAUCCGGAGGUCGUCGCUGACUACACUCACCAGGACAUAGAGGACUGGCUAAUGACUAAUAAUAAUGCCUUCAGCACUUUCAUAAGGGAAGACCCCGAAGAAGCUGUCGAUGUGAUCGAGAAAGCAGUCAGGGAAACUUAUCCUAAGGACCUCUACCGGUCACCCUGUGGACGAGACACACCCUACAUAUUUCUUGAGACUACGUUACCCAGUGAUAUAACCAAUCUAAUCGCUGCCAUUACACGGAAGAUUCAGCUCAGGAUGAAGUGACGGGACUAGUCAGAAAGGAACUGGAGAAAUCUUUCCACAUGGAACGUCGUCACAAUGCUGCUAACGUUGACGUCAUACGCAAGCAAGCCUCGUCAAAUCAACUGCAAAGAGACUAUAAUAGUCUGCAGCUUCUUUGUUAUACCACAAAACUGAACACAUUGUCAAGAAUUCCUGCGCAUGUGGAGGUGACUCUGCUUUUCACAGCUGCUAGAGAAGCUAAACGUUCGGUAAGCAUGUUAAGUUACCCCUUCAAACAGGCGGCCUAAAUUAUAUACAUUUUGAAACAAUGUCGCAAACAUUACAGCGAGGACUUGGAACUGUGCUAUAAACAUUUCACUCACAUAAAGUAAUUUGUUGUAUUUAUAAAAAUUACAAAUAAUGAGCGCUUAUAGGUAAUGUGCUAAAUCAUGAAAAGAUCUCGAAUAUUUCCUACAAAUAUAUGCGUUGGUUAUUAUUGAAUUAGUUGCCUCCUGACGCAAUAAUGAACAUUAUUUACGGCAGUCAAACCGAUAAACGCGCCUAACAUUUCUCGAAAUUUGGUAGCGCAUACUUUAAAAUGCCCUUCUUUUGCAUUACCCUCCGCACUGACAUGAUUUGUCACGUUUUUCUUUUCUCUUUUUUUUUUUGUUACCGAAGGGUCCCAUUUACAUUCUGGGUUAUCUUUUAUUUUUAUUGUGAAUUCAUCAGUCGGAACAUUUAAAAAACGGGGUAGCUUGCACUAUUGGCGCAAGGCUAAAGGCACAGCGGAGCUUAUCCAUUCCUAGCUGGUCCUGGCUUAGUGAUGCUCAGUUAUACGAAGUGUAACUCGUGGUCCGUGGUAACGGCGAAUGCCUCGCGAAACACUUGCCGUUCGAGCACACGUAGGAGAAUUGGGGCGAAAGCUAUGCACAGUGUACGGGUGGCGCGCAGCAGACGACACGCCGGGAUGACGUCACGGCGCAUGCGCAGUAGCGUGCAGCUGGUAGGAACUUGGCCCGAGCCGCCGACUGAGGCGCCUGCUACAGUCAUGGACACCGCGAGCGUUCGGCGAUGAUGCGGGGAAGCGCCAAGGAGGUUGAAAAAAAAAAGUUUUUUCAACCUCCUUGGGAAGCGCGGAUGGCGUCUUACAACUUGUUUCUCUCAUUUUCUCUCUCCCGAGCAUAGCGCGCGACGCGCGCACUCUCUCAUUUUCUCUUUCUCUCUCCGGAGCAUAGCGCGCAACGCUCCGCGAG